AUGGUCGCGCAAUCGUUGAGCUCGCUCCUUCAGCGGGCAUCGAUUGACGAUCACGAGGAAGUUCUCCAGGCUUGCACCAACUCGCUCUCCAAGAACAAGUCCGACUUGAACGCUCAUCACAUUAAGAUCAUUGCCCUAUUAAAGCUCGACCGAUACGAAGAUGCCCUCCGCGUGUUCGAGACCGGAGCCGAUGAUUUGAAGAGACGGGCUAGCUUCGAGUACGCAUAUGCGCUAUACAAAAUCGGGAAACUAAAUGAGUCUAUGACUGUUCUGUCCCAAUCGGAAAGGAGCCGAGGCAUUAACCAUCUCGAUGCGCAAGUGAGCUACCGGGCUGAGCAGUUCCGCCGUGCUGCUGAUCUCUACGAACAACUGGCCCAAGAUAAGGAGGCGCACCGCCAUGAAGAUAACGACUUGAGCAUCAACUCGUGGGCUACCGAUGCCCAGCUCCAGUGGAAAGGCGAGCCGGAACAUGUACGCCACGAGCGGCCGUCGAGGGAGGACCUGGAAUCCUUUGAGACAACCUUCAACGCGGCUUGCUUGAACAUUGCGCGGGGAGCCUUACCCCAGGGCGAGGUUCUUCUCAACAGAGCGAAGAAUAUUUGCCAGACAUCGGAGGACCUCACACCCGAAGACCGGGCCGCGGAGCUGCUUCCAAUUGCUGUACAACACCUUUACGUUUUGAUUAGACUGGGCAAGAAUGAAGAGGCCGAGGCGCUUCUGAAGGAGAUCUCCGUGGACGAUAUCCACGAACUCUCGACCAAGAAGAUCGCACGGAACAACAUUGUCCUGGCUCGUCAAACAGUGACCAACCCUUUCACCCUCUACAAGUCUCUCCACUCCACACCCGAUGCUACCAACAACGACCGCUUGUUCGAUUUCCAAGACAACACCUUGGUGGGUAACGCCCACGCUGCGGACCUUCUGGUUCAGAAAUAUGAUGGUAUGGUUCGGUCAACGGCAAAGGCGCUUGCUAAAAGCUCUUGCCCGUCCACUGAGUCGAGCACCAACCUUCUUUCCGUGUACAAUGCCGCUGGCCAAGCGGAAGGACAGGAUGGUGCCAAGGCCCUGAGGAAGAUUGUUCCGCUUUUGGAGCGUCGACCAAAGGAUUUGGGUCUGCUUUUGACUGUUGUUCAGCUCUAUGUCAAGGCUGGCAACACAACCUCAGCAAUCACAGCCAUGGAACGCUCACUACGCAGCUUGGAGGAAUCCAUCUCCGAGGCCGACCAGGAUGCCCGAUUCAACCCCGGCCUGCUUAGCACCCUCGUCUCUCUUUACCAGCUCGAGGGCCGGAAGCUCCAGAUACGUUCUACCCUGGGACAAGCCGCUUCAUACUGGCAGAAGAAGCCGGAGGCCCCAACCUCUCUUCUGCGCGCUGCUGCAACCUCCCUGCUCCACUCCGACGACAAAGCCGAUUUGGUCGCAGCCGGCGACCUUUUCCGAUCCCUGCUCCAGAAGGACUCCACAGACCGUAUUGCCAUCGCCGGCUACGUCGCGUCACAAGCGACACUGGACUACUCACAGGUGGAAUCGCAACUCGACCGUCUCCCCGCAAUCGGCGAGCUCGUCGGUGAUGUCGACGUCUCCGCCCUGGAGUCAGCAGGCAUCAUGCCCUCCGCCUCCGUGGCGGCGGCAGCUUUCGCCAAAGCCCGCAAGCGUUCCGCCACCGACAAGGAGGGUCAAGUCAAGAAGCGUGUUCGCCACUCUCGUCUGCCGAAGGACUACGAUCCGGCAAAGCAGGCUGACCCCGAGCGCUGGCUCCCCAUCCGUGACCGCUCUUCGUACCGGCCCAAGGGCAAGAAGGGCAAGCAACGUGCUGCGGAACGUACCCAAGGUGGUGCUGUUAAUGAGAGUUUGGAUAGCUCUGCUCAGCAGAAGCCUGCUAGCGGUGUUGUAUCCAGCAAACAGAAUAAGAAAAAGAAGGGCAAGCGGUAG